GUCAUAAUAGUAAACUCCAGCAUAACCUCAAUUUUAUGUAAUAAUUGGAGCCGGAACGCACAUUCUAUUACAUUUUAUAUAAAAAUAUUUGUACUUCAAAAUGAGUGUAUAUUUAUCAAGACUUGUGUUACCUUCCUUGCGGGGUGCUGCUACGAAGUCUUUUCUGCACGGAGUAGCGCCUCCGAAAAUCAAAUUAAACUAUUCAAAUAGUAAUAUAUUUCGCAUUUUCCAGCAUUUAGUAACAAGAAACUACUCUAGCGAUUCGAUACAACCAACAGUAGCGUUGGAUAACGCCACAAUACCGUUGAAAAAGAAGAUAGUUCAUAAAAAAGCGGUAGCUGAGGACCUAAGUCAGAAAGAGGGUCAUUAUUUGACUCUAGCGUAUUGCACCGCUGAUUGCUACGAUCUGAAGAGUUUGAAGGAGGCGUUGGUGCAGCAGAAACUGUACGAGCCUGGAACGUUGAAAGCCCAUGAAGUAGGUGAUGUUUUGGUAGCAAAUGCAGUGUACACAAUUGGCUCUGAACCCAGGGAGAUAAUAUUCUUCAGGGAAGGAGCUGUUGUGUUCUGGAACUGUACCGAGUUGGAAGCUAGCAAUGUGUUGGCAUUUCUGAAACCAUAUGAGAUCGAAAGUUAUCCAAGAGAAGUUGUAGAGAAGGAGAGAGAAGUGAUGACAUACUUCUAUCAACCAAAUGUUAAGAAGUGUCAUCUCCAAGAGUCAUGUUUUGUGAUGGUGCCCGAAAGGGAUAACUCUUUGGAAAGAUAUACAUUCAGUCACGCGAUGGUGCAGUCGGCGCGGCUGGGCGCGUGGGAGGCGCGGCUGGAGGCGCUGGCGUCCUCCGUGCGGUACCACACCGCCUCCAUGGAGAAGGAGGGCGCCGCUCAUGUCGAUAAAAAGGAGGUAGUCCGCAAACUAGGCGAGUUGUUCUCUCUCCGACACAGAUUGAACGUUGAAUCGGACAUGUUGGAUACACCAGACUUCUACUGGGAGGAAGAGGAGCUCGAGAGGCUCUACUCUAACACCCUCGCAUACUUCACCAUAUCUAGGAGGACCAGGGUAUGUCACUUUAAAAGUAUCGACAAAACAUGGUUUUAGAAGUAAAG